UGUCCUUCCGUUCCCGCGGUUCCCUUUCUCGCCCUUUUCCCGCCCGGGGACCUCAUCCUUCCCUCAGCAAUGGGAUCCACGUCUUCUCACCCUCCUCCACAGAUUUACCAGUGAUGAUACGAUUCGUCGUCGUCUCAUCGGCCCCUUGGGAUCUAGAAUGGAACUUGGCGCCACCACUGCCCUGUACCCUCUGCACCGCUGCAAAACCAUUUACCUGGUCAGGCAUGCCCAGGGCAUUCACAACGUCGCAGGCGAGAAGGACUUCGGCGCCUACAUGUCACAUGAACUGUUCGAUGCUCAGCUCACCCCUUUGGGUUGGAACCAAGUCGAUGGUCUGCGGGAGCAUGUGAAGAAAAGUGGGCUUGCAGAGAAGAUUGAAUUGGUUAUUACUUCCCCUUUACUGAGGACUAUGCAAACUGCAGUUGGGGUCUUUGGUGGUGAAAAGUAUACUGAUGGUGUAAAUGCACCUCCACUAAUGGUUGAAAAUGCUGGACACAGUGGACGUCCAGCUGUUUCAAGUUUGAACUGCCCCCCAUUUAUUGCAGUUGAAACCUGCAGAGAGCACUUGGGUGUCCAUCCAUGUGACAAGAGGAGGAGCAUAACAGAAUACCGGCCUCUCUUCCCUGCCAUUGAUUUUUCAUUGAUAGAGAAUGAUGGAGAUGUUCUUUGGGAACCAGAUGUGAGAGAAACAAAUGAGGCUGUCGCAUUGAGGGGUAUGAAGUUUAUGGACUGGUUGUGGACAAGAGAAGAGAAAGAGAUAGCUAUUGUCAGUCACAGUGGUUUCUUGUUUCACACCUUAAGCAUGUACAGCAAGGAGUGCCAUCCAACCAUAAGAGACGAAGUUAGCAAGCACUUUGCAAACUGCGAGCUACGGUCGAUGGUGUUGGUUGACAGAAGCAUGCUUGGGUCAUAUUCGUCAAGAUUCAACUAUGCUGGCAAGAAUCCAACCGGGCUAGAUGUGCCUAGUGAUAUUGCAGAUAAGAAGCAGGUUGAUGAAGCUCAGAAGAACUGAGGCAACCUUGAAAGCAUACCGUAGAUGACUUGGAUUAUCAAAAAGCCACUCUGACCUUUGCGAAGCUUGCUUGCUUGCUUUGAAGAGGGCAUCUACUACAGAUAGAGUUUACACAUACCAUUGCGUUAGUCGAGAUGAACUACGCAGCAAUGUAUAAGCAUGUCUGCUCUUUUGUCUCAGCCUACAUUUGAGAUUCAGGGCAUUGGACUAAGAUCGCCUAUUUAUGAUAAUAAUAAUAAUAAUAACCGGAUCACCCCACAUUCACCAGGUGAUGCACGUCAAAAUUC